CUAUCGGUCACGCUGGUCGCCAUCCGCUUGCGAUCCACUUUGUCAUGUUUUUUGUAAAAAAAAUAAAACAAAUUGCAAGCAACGUUUUGUAAAAUAAAAUGUAAGCUUUCGUAUUUGCAAAUAAGCGGCACAAACGCGCGCGUGUAACGGCAAUAACAAAAUAAAAACGGCAAGCAACAAAUAACCGUAUGCAAAGUGUAUAUGUGAAUGUGUGUGUGUUGAAAAGAAAAAAGAAUUGUUUGGUCUGUGUUGAGCAGCGAGCUUCUUUCUCGUCGUCCACUGCGGUUUUUCCUCUCUGCUGCUGCUGUCGUCGGCCAUUAAUAAAGCAGCAACUACACAACUAGAGUGAAAACGCGAAAAGACGACGACGACGCUGACUAAGCAGGGGCUGUAAGCAGCAAAUAAUGUGCAGUGAAGUGUUGAAGUGAGCUUGGCAAAUUACAACAAAGCUGCAGGAGGCGGCAGCAAAAUUAAACUACAACUACGACAGCUUGAAACACAGUUUGGAAAGCGUUGGAAUAAUACAGGGUGUAGCAGCAAUCAAACAUACCUGCAUUGCAGCUGUUUUGCCACCAUAAAAAGUAAGAAACCAACGGCAGCCAGAUGUCUAGCGAGGAGGAUAAACCCCCGGCGCCUCCCGUGCGUCUCACCAGCAAUCGUGGCGGCGUUGGGAUCGAACGUGUUCCCAUCCCUGGCAGCGGAACUGGCGUCGGCAUGGGCGAUGGCCAGCCCGUUGAUAUGCGUCCAUUGCCCAAGGAACCAGACGAUGCGGAUCGCAAGAAUAAGAAGACGCUGAAGAACAAGAUCAAAGGAUCGAAACCAUCGCAUAUGGAUUCCAAACCAAAUAUCUCGUAUCCCACAAACUUUGAGCAUACGGUGCAUGUGGGAUUCGAUGCUGUGACCGGCGAGUUUACGGGUAUGCCAGAGGCAUGGGCGCGUCUCUUGAUGAACUCAAACAUCAGCAAGCAGGAGCAGAAGAAGAAUCCCCAAGCUGUGCUCGAUGUGCUCAAAUGGUUCGACAAUACAACCAAACAGAGGCCAAGUUCCAAGUACAUGACAAAUGCCAUAACGACGCAUUCAGGUUCUUCGCUGAGCCGUGUGAGCAGCAGUAGUCCGAGCAGCACGCCCACAGAUUCGGAGCUGCAUGGCUCGAAUAGUGGCGGCAACUUGAUUGGCGUUCAGCUGGGCAGCAUGACAUUGGGUCCCAAUGCGAACAAUGUCUCGGCUGCCGGUCAAAUGCUGAGCAAUCAUUACCAACAGCAGCAGCAGCAUUUGCUCCAGCAGCAACAGUUGCAACAGCAGCAGCUACAGCAACAACAACAGUUGCAUCAGCAGCAGCAACAGCAUCAGCAUCACAUUGGCCUGAGUCAAUCGCAUUCGUAUAACUUUGGUGGCCACACCGCCUCCUCAUCCACAUCGCAACAUUCAUCUGCCAAUGAGGACGACAUGUUGGGUCCGGUGCCGCAGCAACAGCAGCCACCGCCGCCGCCCGUGGCAUCGCGGCCAGAGCGCACGAAGUCCAUCUACACGCGACCCAUCGAGGAGCUGCAGCCAAUUGUUCCGAUGCCAGCGGCCCCGGCCACCACGCCGACAACGCCACUGCAGAAUCACAAAACGACGACGCCGGCGGCGGUGUCGCCAUAUCUGUUGCACAACAAUGCAACAACGACGCUGGACAAGAACAAAAACAAUGCAACAGCGACAGCAACACUAACGACAACAGCAGCAGCAACAACAGAAACAGAAGGCAGCGAUACAACAGCAACAACAACAACACCAAGAGCAACAUCUGCUACAACUACUCCAACUGUUGCUCCUAGCAGAGAGGAGCAGCAGCUGCUCGCGUGCAAUGCUGCAGCAGUCGAAGCAUUAGCAACAGCAACUGCAACAGCAGCAACAACGACUAAUCACGACUCUUCUGCUUCCUCCUUUUCAUCGUUCCCCUCGUUUCAUGAUGAUGCAACGCCGCCGCUCUGCACCAACGCCUUGCCCUCGAUACACUGUCCCACGCCAACGUCUUCCGUGCGCAACUCUGCCGUUGUGCCGCUGCUGCCCACGAUGGUCACCACACCUGCAACACCUGCCACAGAUCUGUACCACGAUCCGACGGCGAUCAACAAUCUCAAUGCCACACCAGCGGCGGGCACACAAAUUGCGGUGCCACAGCAAGCGGUUGCCGCCUCGGCCACCGCGGCAACCACAGCAACGACAACGACAGCGCGAGCCGCCAAUGCCAAGAAGAAGAAAAUGUCCGAUGAGGAAAUACUUGAGAAACUGCGCACCAUUGUCUCCGUCGGUGAUCCGAAUCGCAAGUACACCAAAAUGGAGAAAAUUGGCCAAGGUGCAUCGGGCACUGUGUACACAGCGAUCGAAUCAUCCACGGGCAUGGAGGUGGCCAUCAAACAGAUGAAUUUGUCGCAGCAACCGAAGAAGGAGCUGAUCAUCAAUGAGAUUCUGGUAAUGCGAGAGAACAAGCAUCCGAAUGUGGUCAACUAUUUGGACAGCUAUCUGGUGUCCGAGGAGCUGUGGGUGGUCAUGGAAUAUCUGCCCGGUGGCUCGCUGACCGAUGUCGUUACCGAGACCUGCAUGGAUGAGGGACAGAUUGCCGCCGUUUGCCGUGAGGUGUUGCAGGCACUCGAGUUUCUGCAUGCCAAUCAGGUGAUUCAUCGCGAUAUCAAAAGUGAUAACAUACUGCUUGGCUUGGAUGGCUCUGUCAAGCUGACUGAUUUCGGUUUCUGUGCGCAAAUCUCGCCGGAACAAUCCAAACGCACAACAAUGGUCGGCACACCCUAUUGGAUGGCGCCCGAGGUCGUAACACGCAAGCAGUAUGGACCCAAGGUGGACUUGUGGUCGCUGGGCAUCAUGGCCAUUGAGAUGGUCGAGGGUGAGCCGCCGUAUUUGAAUGAGAAUCCGCUAAAAGCAUUGUACCUCAUUGCCACCAACGGCAAACCGGAGAUUAAGGAAAAAGACAAACUGACGGCAGCAUUUCAAGAUUUUCUGGAUCAGUGUCUCGAAGUGGAGGUGGAACGGCGCGCCAGCGCCAUGGAUCUGCUCAAGCAUCCUUUCCUCAAAUUGGCGCGUCCAUUGGCGAGUCUGACUCCUUUGAUUAUGGCCGCCAAGGAGGCAACCAAGGGCAACUGAUUGACAACCAAGAAACAGCAGCUUAUUUAACCAUUACUAAUGAAUUACUAUUAUAAAAAGCAACAACAGCAACAACAACAACUACAGCAGCAGCAGCAACAACAACAAGGAGCCGAACAACAACACAAACAACAAUAGCAACAAUAACAUUUAUGCGAUUAUAAAUGAGACAGAUGAUAAAUUAUUAGUGAUUAUGAUUAUUAUGAUGAUUAUUUAUAUAAACGUAUUUAUAUACAUACACAUAUAUACUUAUUAUAUACAUGCAUACAUUAUUAACUAUUGGAACGAGAGAAGAUUUCAUUGAGCCGAGCAGCUGCAACAUUAAAACACCACACACACACUUUCGUAGUUCAAUUCACAUUCAAUUUAGAUUCUUAAUUCAAUAUAUACUUAUGUAUUUGCCCAAAAUCAUUUUGCUGCUAAUUUGUUAUACCAAAUUAACGGGGCAUUUUAAAUGCCUUUGAACUUUAUUUCUAAACAAAAAAAAGAAACAAACAAAACCCAAUUCGAUUAAAAUUCAUUAAAUCUAUUCAAACGUCAUUAAACAUAUUAACAUAAAACUAUAUUUUAAAUUGGCAUUUGCAUUUAAAGGUAAAAAAAAAAACCAUAUAAGAAAUAAAAAUAUUAAUAAACCUAUUGAUUACAACAAUUGUAUAAAGAAAACAAAACAUAAACUUAUAAUUUCGAAACUAGUUUUUGAUUCAUUCUUUAGAAAAGAGAGAAAUUCUUGCGCAAAACGCUCUAACACUAACUUUAAAAACUUAAGAGUAUUAUUUAACUGGUUCAUUUUAAGACCUUUUUGGUCUUAUUUAGAUUCAUAGAUUGCUUUAAAUAAUAAACAAUUAAAUAUAUAUAUAUUUUUGUAUAUGUGCUUGUCGAUUUUUGAUUUACGCUUUUUUUUUAGCUCGUUCGUUUUGAGUUUCACAAAGUAACUAAAUACGUUUUCAAUUCACACACACUCACAAACACACCCUCUAAAGAUCCUUUUUGUACUAUGUCUGUGUAUGUAGAUGUAAAUCGUGUAAUUGUAAAAGAGUUUACCAUUAUAAUUAGAAGAGCCUGUAUUUUUCAAAUCAUCAAUAUGCAUAUGUACGAUGUGUGGAGAAUGAGAAAAACAAAUUGUAGCAAUUUAUUGAACUAAUAUUAUAUAUAUAGACAUAGCAAAUAGAUAAAGAAGCGAACCACUCGUAAACUGUUCAAUAAAUUGAUAGUAGCAACUAAAAUAACAAAUAACUAGCAAUUAAAAAAUAGCUUGUAAAAAAACAAAA